AUGGCUGACUACCGCUCGAACACAGAACCGGCGCACGACUCCGCAUUCAUUCACCUUCCCUUCUUCGAGAAACUUCGCGUGCGUCUGGAUUUCCUGAUUACAACACCUGGGACUGGUUUACAGGAGAUUGGGCACUGGAAAUGCUGCAAAAUGCAAUUAAUUUUUGAUACUGAAACUGAAGCGUGCAUAGUCAAAAAAAUGGCAUUUAUUGAUAAAGAAUCCAUCAAUGAAAAAUUUGCCGCCGAUAACAUUGUUGAAAAAUUGAGCAAUAGUAUAUCUAACGGUAGCGGCAAUAAAGAAAACAUUGGGAAAGUAGAUAAUAUUGUAGUCGAUAAUUACACUGAAAAUAAUGGUAUUGAUAGUCCCAAGAAAUCGGAAGUCAAUGGCCAAAACGAAUUAAGUGUAAGUGAAGAAAUUAGUACACCAGUUGUUGAUACAGCUUCUAGUCAAACUGCUGAAAGUGAGAGCAUAGAAAAUAUAACUGAUAAAAGAAAAGACGAAGAAUGUAUAGAAAAUGCAUCAGAUAUAGAUAAUACUAUAGAACAAUCUAAUAAUAUCGAUGAUGUAAAUAUCCACACUGAUAAUGAUCUCAAAAAUAAUUUAGAACACGAAGACCUAUCAAACGGUAACGUUUUAGAAAUUCAAGCUGGUGAAAAUAUAUGCUCAGAGGAGAAACAUGAGAAAAACACAAUAAUUGGAGAAAAUGACACUUUAAAUCCUGCUGAUUGUUCUCAAAUGGAUUCCGAUGAUCAUAAGACUGAAAUUAAUCCAGAGUCAGAUGUAAAUACCGUAGAAAACCAAGAUGAAAUACUCGAAAGCUCUUCUAAGAAAAAUGAGGAAAUAAAUGUAGAAGAUACCUUAAAGUCUGAUCAGGGCGAUGGAAAUAUUAUUUCUUUCUUAUUCUAUAAAACGAAGACAGAUACGAUAGCAACAGAAAAUGGGCUAAACACAUCAAAUUCAAACAAGGAAGUUAUGAUAUCAAAUGACGAAAAAACAUUUAGUGAAAAAGAGCAUGCUGAGACAGAAUCACAAGUUACUUCAUCGAAAGAUACUGAAGCAAACAGCGAAAAAAUGGAUAUAGAUCUAAUUAAAGAGGGGGAUAGUGAAAUGUCUAACGAGUUAAAAGAUGAUCAUGAAGAUAUGAAAGAAUGUGAAAAUCCUGUUGAAAUUGAAAAUCCGAAUGAUGCAGAAUCUAAUAGGAGCUCAAAUAUACCAACUUUACAGGAAGAGAAGACUGAAAAAGAAAAGCCAUGUAAUCGAGUUGAAACUGAAUCAAAACCGGAAAGUCAUCUUGAAAAACAAAAUGAACCGAAAAAAAUCUAUACAAAGAGCAAAUUAUCGCUGGAUAUUUUAUCCGAUGAUGAAGAUACAGUAUCAUCUAGCGAUAUUAAACUUGAAAAAACCAUUGAACCUAAUAAACAAUGUAUUAAUAUAGAGGACGAUGAUGAUGACAUAAUGUUGAUAGAUGAUGAGAACAGUACAAAACCCGAAAAUGAAAUGGGUGUAACAAAAAUAGUUAACGAACAUAAUGAAGCAAUAAUAGAAAGCAAAGAUGGUAAUAUUUUGGAAGAUAAAAAAGAAGAAUCCUCUAAUAAUACACCAACAAAUGAUCAAGAUAUCCCUUUAAAUGAAAGCAAAAUAGAUGUUAAAAAACUUGACUCUGAUAUAAUCGAUAAAGAAGAAAACAAAGAGAAAAUUUCGUCUCCAAAGCCGCUGCUGUCAACUAACUUUGUCUCUACUUGCAAGAAAAACCUCGCUGAAAUGACUCGAAGCGAUUUAGAAGAAUUUUGUGUUAAUGUCAGAGAAAAACAAAAAGAAAACCAACAACUCUACUGUGACCACGUUAAAUAA